GAAUAUAUACCAAGAGAGUGUUUGAGAGAAGUCAAAGAGGAGAAGAAGAAGAAGAAGAAGAAUUGGGUCAGAUCAGAUCCAGUUGUUGGGAGCAAAUAUGGCUUCGAAGCUGAUCUUGAUCGCAGUCUUCAUCUUAGAUGUCAUUGCCUUUGGGCUUGCUGUGGCAGCUGAGCAGAGAAGAAGCACUGCCAAGAUUGUCCAGGACAGUGAAGUCGAGCACAACUACUGUGUGUAUGACUCGGACAUAUCCACCGGCUACGGCGUCGGAGCAUUUUUGUUCCUAAUGGUUAGCCAAGUCAUCAUAAUGGCAGCGAGCCGCUGCUUCUGCUGCGGGAAGCCCUUGAGUCCCGGAGGCUCGCGCGCUUGGGCAGUCAUUCUUUUCAUCGCCUGCUGGGUGUUCUUCUUCAUCGCGGAGGUGUGCUUGUUGGCGGGAUCGGUGAAGAACGCAUACCACACCAAGUACAGGACCAUCUUCAGCGAGAACCCUCCCUCAUGCGAAACCGUGAGGAAAGGGGUGUUCGGCGCCGGGGCUGCCUUCAUCUUCUUCACGGCCAUCGUUUCAGAGUUCUUCUACACUUGCUACUCCAGGGCCAGGGAAAGCUUCCAACCUUACGACAGAGAAACAGGUGUAGGGUUGGGCGCCUACAAGUGAGAGCUGUCCUUUGCUUUGGGUUGAUCAUAUUCAUGGCCAUGGACAUUCCAUAGGUAUUGUGACUAUUGUCUAAGGUUUUUUUAGGUGGAUCUCAUCUAGUACUAGGUUAAAGGUAGCCGAUCAUACACCCCUGUAUUGUCUGAACAGACUCAUCUCGCGAUACUGCAUUUGUUCUCUUUGGUGGGUUUUGUCAUGUAAACAUUAAUAAGCUUAUGUUAUUGUUUGUGUCCAAAGAAA